AAGGGGGCUUGUCCCAGGAAGUCUUAGGUGGGUGGACAACACACCCGGAAGUGAAGCGCCUCCUUAACGGAGCGGUGGCGCGGCUGGCGGGCCCAGGAGUCCAGUUUAUUUUGGAGGAAGUCACUGUGUCGAACCUGAGAAGCAGGCUGUACAGCUAUCAGCUGGGCUGACCAUGGCCCUUUCUGUGGAGACGGAGUCGCACAUCUACCGAGCUCUGCGCACUGCCUCUGGGGCUGCAGCCCACCUUGUGGCUUUGGGCUUUACCAUCUUUGUGGCUGUACUUGCCAGACCUGGCUCCAGUCUGUUCUCCUGGCACCCUGUUCUUAUGUCACUGGCUUUCUCCUUCCUGAUGACUGAGGCACUCCUCAUGUUUUCUCCGGAGAGUUCACUGCUGCGUUCCCUCUCACGGAAGGUCCGGGCACGCUGCCACUGGGUGCUUCAGCUGCUAGCCCUACUCUGUGCUCUGCUGGGUCUAGGUCUUGUCAUCCUCCACAAAGAGCAGCUUGGCAAAGCACACCUGGCCACCCGACACGGGCAGACAGGGCUGUUAGCGGUGCUGUGGGCAGGUCUGCAGUGUUCAGGUGGUGUGGGGCUGCUCUACCCCAAGCUGCUGCCUCGAUGGCCCCUGGCAAAGCUGAAACUCUACCAUGCCACUUCUGGGUUGGUGGGCUACCUGCUGGGCAGUGCCAGCCUCCUGUUGGGCAUGUGCUCACUCUGGUUCACUGCUGCUGUCACUGGCGUUGCCUGGUACCUGGCUGUGCUGUGCCCCGUCCUCACCAGUUUGGUAAUCAUGAACCAAGUGAGCAAUGCCUACCUAUACCGCAAGAGGAUCCAACCAUGAGCACUUCCCAGCCAUAAGGAAACCUGGAUUUGCAUCUCAGCGUAGGACCUGGGGCUGGGAACCUGCCUGAUGCUCUUAGCUGAUGGGGUCAGGGAACACUUCAGGUACUAGGGCACUCAGGGGUAGGCCUCUAACAUUUCUGCUCCUCACGCUAGAGUGCCUCCCUUUCCUUUUCUUACUAUCAACCCAGGGGAACAUGGAUCAUGUGUCUGGAUGAUGUUGGGGUUGCAACACUGUCUCCCCAGCCAUACAGCUUGUAUUUGUACUGGUACGGCCAGAAAUCAUGGAGAAAAAUAAACAAAAAACUGAAAAUAAAAACAAA